CUGCACUCGUCGAUUUGAGUUGACUGUACAAACGUAGCACCCUACCCUACGUUUUCUCAUAGACCACAUGCUGGCCUGCCAGAUUUAUCGGGUCAAGCCGUCAUCGAUGUGGAUCCAAGUUGCACGUUCACUUGGCAAGCUAGAAUAGCUGGCGCAUAAUUCGCGAUGCCUUCUACAUCGCUUGUCUUCGAGUCGCCAGGGGCUGUCUUGGAGGCUUGCCGCAGGGACACAAGGUCGCUCCUCAUCUACCAGAGCAAGGUCCUCGAUGUCAGCAAAUUCUCGCAUCCAGGACCGCAGACGUUGAUCACAAAGAACAUUGGAGCAGAUAUCACCCACGCCUUCAAUAAGCAGGGACAUUCUGACCAUGCCAAGGUUCUGUGUGACCGAAUGGUUGUCGGGACACUGGGCAAGGUCGUCCAGGGCAAAUUACUACCGAAUCCCCAUGGGGAUUCAGACUUGUUCACCUCAGAGGAGCAGGAGGUGCAUGCCAGACUCGACCAACUCAUUGACAUGAGCAAGCCCUUAAUGCCUCAGGUUCGCAAGAUGACGAAUCGAGAGUUCAAAGCGCUCAUUUCGCGGCCACGUUACAUCGAAGACGAGGAUGGGAUUCAGCUCUUUGCCGACCCCAAGCGAGACUUCAACAACAAACGAGAUUUCAGCCAAAACGUCAAGGUGCUGAUUCCAUGUAUUUGCUUUUUUGUUUGCAUGUCUUAUGUGUCCGCUUCGGACGCCCGCGAUUUCGUUUUCAAGAUGGCCGUGUACUUCUUGUCGGGUGUGGCCAUCUAGAUGCCUGCGGCAAGUUGCGCCACCGUGACCGCGCGGCGCUCAGUGUGCCGACCUCUCCGGAAGCCGCUCGGACGGGUUGCAGCAUGCAUCAGCACCCGUUGAGGCUCCAGCGUGUUGUGCCCGGCUCUCGAAACACGUGGCGUCUCCCUGUCAGCAUCACAAAAAUGCAGCGCCACACACUUUAGAAUGAUUGUCUCGAGGAAGGCGGCACUGUGUCUGUGUGUACGUG